CUUUCCCUACCCGGGGAGCGGGAACCUGGCAUGUUCAUGCUGGUUAUAAGUUAGUCUAGGCUAUACCUAGAGCCCGGAGUCGUAUGCCAAACCAGUCUGCAUGGAAUCCCCCGGGGAGCUUGUCCGUUUUUUCUUGCCCUUUCCAGCCCCAGUCCGUCCAACACUAAGUAAGCUUAGACGGUGCACCUGGAAAGCCCUACCAAUACGAUGCCACUCAUACUAGGCAGGAGCUCACUUUCUUCUGUCUUUGCGAGUGUCUCAAACAUGAACGUCCCCACCGUUAUGGCCUUGAAGCCAUGUAUGUAUGUAAGUAUGUACAUGUUUAUUAUGCAUGUUCCGUGUGUCGCUCCGCUACAAGGUAACAUAGUACAUAUGUUCUCUCCCGGCUCUCGGGCUCAAUCAUACACCAAUGCGAUGAUCUACGAUAUUCCCGCGCACCACUCUCUAAUUUCAACCCACCUCCCCCGGCCGCUUUUUCCCCGCUCAGGCUCGAUUCGCCGAAGUUUGCCUUUUGGUCUGGGCCGUUAUCGAAUGCUUCUUUUCUGACCUAGUACACUGGGCUGUACACUGGACACAUGACCCGUGCAUUGUUGGAUGUCAGUGCUUUCCAUCUGUAAGUAUCUGGAUGGAUGGACAUAGGCUGUUACACAGGGUAAUUUGCACCCAUGUAAGUAUACACAUCAAUGGAUGAGUCUACAUCCAAGAUUGGGCCCAUGGUCCCUUGUUUGUUACACCAGGUGCUAUAUAAAAAACCCCAAUGGAGAAGAAUGGACGAAGCAGGAGUAGGAUCUGAACUGAGAAAAG